AUGCCUGCACUACUGCAGGAGCAACUGGCCCUUCAAGAUCAGCAGGUGGACAUAGACGAUGCACAUGCUCACGACGUUGAAGAUGAACUCCCUGAAGCCUAUUGCGGAGGCUGUGGCCGUCUCAUCGAUGAAGAGAGCGUCGAGGAAGGCGUCAUCCAGUUUGCGACCAAGCUCUGGCACGUCGAGUGCUUCCGAUGUGCAAAGUGCAAGAAUAGGGUCAGCACCGACCGCGACGAUAUUCUCCUCCUCUCCGACGGCCACCCCAUCUGCGGUGAGUGCAACUACUCCUGCAACAUUUGCCGUCAGCCCAUCAUGGAGGAAGCAAUCAUGACGGGCGACGAGUCCUACCACGCCUCGUGCUUCACAUGUCGCUCCUGCCACUCCAGGAUCGAAGAGCUCGUCUUCGCCAAGACCAGCCAGGGCAUAUACUGCAUGAAGUGUCACAACGACCGAGUCGCACGCAGUCGCAAGCAUGCAGAGCAUAAACGCGCAAAAGCGCGCCGCGAAAAGCAGCUCCAAGAUGCUCAGUCGGCAGAACUCAACCAGCACACCAACCUCACAGCCCCCAAGACCAGUGCAUCAACCCCCUCACCCUCGCCUAAAUUGGAUCAGCCGCCAUCACUCCCAUCCAAGGAGUCUCCCUCGCCCUCACCCUCUGCCUCCGUUCUCGCUAGUCCAGCACCCAAUGGCACCAGCUUGUCGCCAUACAUGAGCCAAGGUGGCUCAGCCACGGCGGCGGCGGCGGCGGCGGCGGCGGCGCGACCUAGCAGUGCAGGUGGCAAGCGUCCCAUGAAUGCACCCCCGCCGCCUUCGCGCGAAGGACGAAGUCCUGCUGCGGGAGCGCAGGCCAAGCUCGAAGGUCGCAGCGUCUCGGCCCACAACGCCGCGCUGAGCGAUUCGAGAACCUCCGUGUCCUCUAUCUCCGCAGACGAACAGUUACACCCUCAGAGCGGAGACUACGAGACCACGGCUCCACUCUCUCCGCGUAAAAAGACAUUCGCAUCCGGCGUCAGCUCACCCCACGCCUCACCAGCAGCUGCCAAGAUCAUGCUACCUGCCACCGAUGCCCCUACUUCGCCCUCCAGCCCGGCCACUUCGCCGUUGAAAAAGAGUGUCCCGCUCGGCGGCUCGCCACGUGCAGAAGCCGGGAGAUCAUUGCGACCGUCCACGAGUCGCGAGGGUCUUGGCGUCAAUCUGCGCACCUCCAGCAUCAAACAGGGAGCAGGCACAAGGAAUCCGCUCAAUGCCUCUGGCUCCUCCUCGCGUCUCUCCAAGGUGUAUUCAUUUUACGACCCCGACUUUCUCAAUUUGGUUGAAUCGUUUGGCGACUUUGGCUCGACUGACGAGUUCCAUUCGCAAGCCCCACCUGUGCCAGCGCUACCAGCUUCCGUCGACGCACCUACGCAUUCCCAUGCAAGCGAUCCGAGCGCAAACGAGACCAUGGCGACUCCAUCAGCGAGCAGCUCUACGUCAGAGCAAGAGCGUGCGACCACGUUGCCGCAUCAGAACAGCGCGGAUCGCGAAGAGAACCUUGACAGCGAGGAGGAACUCAUCGGGGACGACGAUCGGCGAAACACAAUCACUUCUACAGGCCCUCUCAAAGAAGUCUCGUCCAAGGUUCGCGCCUCGAUGCAACAGGCACGUGACGGUCAAGUGAGUAUGGACAUCUCGUUCGUCGAGACCAUUCUGCAAGACCUCGAGCGGACGCGGCAGCGCAUGGAGUCGCUGCAACUGCGCUACGACCGCAUUCGACGUGCCAGCCAGCAGGCCGCACACGGCUUCACGAUGGCCAAGGAGGAAUUCGAGCUCGAAGUCAACGCGAGGCAUGAAGCUGAACUCGAGAUGGCGCGUCUACGCAGGCAGUUGGCCGAGCAGGCGCUCAAGCUCGCCACGGCCAACAGCGAGAGACGACAACAGGAGCAGCUCGAACGACGGUCGCAGGACGUCAAGGCCUCGCUCAAGGGCAUGGAACGUGACUUGGCCAAAUUGACCGUGGAGCGAGACUUGACCGUGGCCGAAGUAGCCGAACUGGUUGCGCUGCAGGACGGCACAACCGGCUCAAAACCCCAGGCCACCAACAACACCACCUCGUCGACGAAUGGCGCUCGCACUUCCACGAGCACCGUGGAUGCAGCCAUCACGCAGAACCUCACCUCGCGCCUCGAGAGUGUCAAGAGUCGCUACCGCAAAGAGAUCGACGAGCUUACCAUCGAGCGCGACUCGUUGCUGAUCGAGAUUGAGGAACUCAAGCAAUCCAAGGAGCUCUUUCUCGAAGAGGCGCAGAGCCUCAACGCAAAGAACGAGGAACUCAACACCAUGCUGGGCCAGCUCAACCGCAAAAUCGAGCUCGCCGCCCAGUCGAGGGACCAACUGCCGCCUUUGCCCACUCUGCCCAAGGAUCUCUCGUCGACGUCUACAAAGAGUUCGGGCGGAUUCAGCUUCGGAUCGCGCCACAAGCACGUGCACAAACACACCGCGCACAAUGCCUCCAUCUCGUCGCACGACGCGCCGCCCAGUAGUGCAGGCUACGACACUGUUUCGGUCGACACGGCCGUGCAGCAGGUGAUCAAGCCUGGUCGAGUCGAGCCAGCGCCAGCUGUGAAGAAGUUCAAGUGGAUGAAGCCCAAGCUGUCCGAGACGACGAGAGCGAACGUGCAACCGUCGCAGAACGGGGCGGUGCCACCCGUGCCUCCCAAAAGUGGUGCUGCGGCGCUCAGUGCCAGCGCGGGUGCCGCUGCCAUGACACGUGCCACCUCGCACGAUGUGGUGGUGCGCGAACACCUGUUUCAGCCGUUCAACGUGCUCAGGCCGACGCGGUGCUUUGCCUGUCAGAAGAACAUGUGGGGCCAGUCCGAGAUGCGCUGUGCGCUCUGUACGCAGGUCUGCCACUCGCGCUGCCUGCAGAGUCUGCCCGUAUCGUGCAACCAGCCGUAUACGCGGCCGGACGAGGGGCAGGCCGAAAACACGGGCCCGUCCAUGUUCGGCCGCUUACUCACCGAGCAGGCGGCGCAUGAGGGACGCGAUGUGCCACUCAUCGUCGACAAGUGCAUCCAGGCAGUCGAGGCGUUUGGCAUGGACUACGAGGGCAUCUACCGCAAGUCGGGGGGUACCUCGCAGCUCAAGGUGAUCACGCAGCUGUUUGAACGCGGCAACGCCUUUGAUCUCGAGGAUACGGAUCGAUUCAACGACGUUUCGGCUAUCACGAGUGUGUUGAAGAACUACUUUCGCGAGCUGCCCACGCCGCUGCUUACGUUUGAGCUGUACGACGAGCUGAUCAAGGUGGUCGAGUCCAAGCAAGACGAUGCGGCAACCAAGUUGGGGCUUGUCAAGCAGCUGGUCGACCGGCUUCCGCGGCAGCACUUUUGCACGCUGCAGCAUCUGGUCCUGCAUCUGUACCGCGUGCAGGAGCGCAGUGUUGAUAAUCGCAUGAAUGCGCGCAAUCUGGGCGUGGUGUUUGGGCCCACACUCAUGCGCUCUGCCGACCCGACGCAAGAGUUUGCGCACAUGGGCGGCAAGGCUAUGACGGUCGAGUUUUUCAUCGACCACGCACCCGAGCUCUUUGUCUAG